GCCACAUGAAAAUUAUUGCUGCUCUGCGUUUACGCCCACCAAACCAGUUUUGUUCGAUAUCUGCGAUCGAAAAUACAAUUUAUAUCAAUACGAAUCUAUAAUUCAAUAAAAGGACGCAUUUAACAACAAUCCCUUUACAAAUCUUCACACCAGAGCUGGUGCAGCAGACGUCGCGAUGCGGACCAAAUUCGCCAGUGACCUCCAGCGCCAGGUUCUGGACCACAUGGGAAGAGACAGCCUAGAUCUACCCAAAGGAACAAAGAGUACCAAAUCGAAACCUGGAAAAACACAAACGGGCUCGAGAAAAACGGAGCGCAAAGCAGAGCGAGAGCGCAAGCGUGGAAACAUCUACGGCCGUAACCCGACAAACCCGCUUGGCCCAUUCCACAGCAAUGGCAUUGCAAAGCCCUCUCAAAAACGGAAAUUAAAUAAUUCAAAUGUCUCUGGCAAGAAAAUUGUACAGCCGACUAGCAAAAACUCAAGUACAAUUCCCAAACGAAAAGCUCCCGCAAUCGGCGAAAGAGACAUCUUUGACGAGUCUGACCAGAGUGACGCAAUCGACCUGGACGGUGACGACGACGACGACGACGAUAAUGAGGACGAUGAUCUGAUGGACCUUGAUGAGCCAGACGAGGACGACCUUGGGUCGGGGAGCGACAUCUUCGACGACGACGACGACGACGACGACGACGACAAUGCCAGUGAAAACGGUGCCAGUCAAGGCAAAUCGGGUGGAAAGCUCUCAAAAGCAUUCCAAGACAGAUUUGCAGCGGAUGAUGCCGAGAUUGAAGAAUAUGAAAGAAAACUCGGAAUUAAAAAGGGUCGUAAGUCGUUGCCCAAAGCCUUCCAAGAGGACGGCUUGGGAGACUUGCUGGGCGAAGAAGCAGAUGGGGCAGAUUCAGAUGAUGACGAGGACGAAGAGGAGCAAAAGCGAGAAUACGAUCAAUGGCUGGCAUCGAAAAGAAAGGCAGCGAAUGCGACCCAAACAAAUGGGGACGAUAACGGGGAGUCGGACGGUGAAUUCGACGGCAUUGAUGGAGAUGAUGACGACGAGUUUGGCGGGUUUGACGAAGAUGAUGAAGAUGGCGAGCCAGCAGCUCCCAAGAAGCGCGAAAAUCCAUACGAAGCGCCCAAGGAGAACCGUGUCGUUGCAAAAUACGUUCCACCAUCUCUACGAAACAAAGCCAACGGUGUGUCAGAAGAGCGCGAACGCUUACAGCGAAACAUCCAAGGUCUUAUUAACCGUCUUACUGAAACAAACAUCCUAUCUAUUGUCCAGUCGAUGGAAGACUUAUACCAGAAGAACGCGCGUGGUGACGUUACCGAAAUUAUUACAGACGUUCUCAUGGCCCAAAUCUGCAAGGGAGAAAUCCUGCCCGACCAAUUCUUCGUUUUGAACGGAGGUUUUACUGCAGCUAUUUACAAGAUUGUUGGUGCUAGCUUUGGAUCGCACGUUCUGCACCGCCUGGAAUCUGAGAUUUCACGAUUAUGCAAGGAUGCUGAGCAAGCGCCGGACGAGGCAUUCCACAUUCGAAAAGAGGUUUCCAACCUGGUCAGCUUUCUUACACAGCUUUAUGUCUUUGAAGCAUUGAACUGCAAGCUCAUCUUCGACUACAUGGAGUUCUUUUUGAGCGACCUGACCGAGUUGAAUGUUGAAAUGCUGCUCAAGAUUUGCCGAAUGGCAGGGAGAAUGCUGCGACGAGACGAUCCUCGUGCCCUUAAACACAUCACGAGUGUUUUAAAUGCCAACUUGUUAAAGUACGAGCUAGGAGCUGUAUCUGUCCGUACCAAAUUUAUGGUUGAGACGAUCAACGACCUUAAGGACAACAAGACAAAGGCCAAGGGUGUAGACUCUGUCAUGGUUUCAGAGCAUGUGUUAACAAUGAAGAAGCGCAUUGGCGAGCUCAAGGCUCAGUCGCGACGUCUAGACGGUCUCGCGCCCAUGGGUGUCAGUCUUGAAGAUUUGCAAAACACUGACACGUUAGGCAAGUGGUGGCUCGUCGGUGCCAGUGUGCCUGUUAAACCUUCGGCAAAUGGCAAGUCUGGCUCGUCGGCUAACGCAAAGACCGAUCUUUCGGAUGAUGAAGAUAUGGAUUUUGUGUUGCCAGAUUAUUCGCAAAAGGCUCGCGCGCAGGGUUUCAGCUCGCUGGCACAGGUUGCCAUCUUUACAGCACUCAUGUCAGCAUCAAACUAUGAACAAGGAUAUAGACAAUUCGUGGAUUUGAAGCUGAAGAAGGACGACCAGCUCGAGAUAGCUCGCGUGAUUGUCCAGUGCGUCGGCAGCGAGACACAGUACAAUGACUACUACGCGCUGGUGGCCAAACAAGCCUGCACCAACAGCAGACUACGGUUCACCUUCCAAGACAGAUUGUGGAAGAUGUUCCGCAGUCUGGGCGAAUCGUUAUUUGGAGACGAAGCUGAAUUCGAAGAGACAGCAGAUACAGAGAGAAUGAGGGAUAAGCGCCGACUGGAGCAGGUUGCCCAAUUCUACGCAACACUUGUCGCGGACAACUCGCUCACACUGGCGAUUCUGAAGCCGCUUGAACUGCGUGACCUCUCUGAUUUGGCAUCCAGAUUUGUCGAGGCAUUCCUUGUGAGUCUACUUCGGUCCAUCAAGGGCAAAGGCGAUGACGAGGAUGCCCGCAUUGAAGCCGUCUUCGGAGCUGCACGGGAUGUGCCGGCCGUUGCCGCUGGUGUGCAUUGGUUCCUUAGGAAAAAGGUUCGCGGAACCGACCUGGUUUCAGGGGUUGUUGCGAAAAAAGUAGACAGAAGGAGACGCAAGGCUCAGGCGGUUGUGCAGCUGGCGGCCGACGUGUAAAAUUAUUUCCAUAUUUUGAUAGUAUAUACAUGCAUUCUUGCAUAGCAAGCAGGUCUAAAAAUAUCAUCCCUUCUAAGCGG